AUGAUUACAUCUAUUGUUUCCAAAAAAACUGAUUUAACAUUGAAUUUAUACCAAGCCGCUCCAUCUCUUCAAAAUUUUAUUAAUAUGGUAAAUCCAAAUGAGUAUAAUCAAUUUAAUAAUGAUGAAAUAGAUAAUAAUAUCACCAAUAAUAAUAACGUCAGUACCACUCAAGCAUAUGAUGAAAAUUUCAAUAUAGCGAAUAACACAGAUACCAAUUUGAAUGAUGAUGCUACCCUUUUAGCUGGUAAUAGUCAGUAUAUGUAUGACAAUUCUUAUAAUAAUCAAAAUCAAAUUAACAGUAAUAAUUAUACAACAAAUACCAAUAACACCAAUGAAGGUCUUAACAAUAUAGGACAAAUGAAUUCAAUUGAAUUGUUGGACAAUUUUCCUUUGAAUAAUCACCUUGAUAGUACUAAUCUAAAUCAUCAAUCAAUAAAUGUAAAUUUAGAUGCUUCACCAAUUGAUGAGAUUCAUAAUAUAACUAGUUCUGGGUUUAAUAACAUGACUAUUGCAACAGGUUUUACUCAAGAUCAAUUACCUCAAAAUGUACCAUUAUUUGGACCAAACUCAAAUUAUAAUGAUCCACAACAAUCAUAUACUUCUUCAUCUUCAUUAUAUUCAAAUUAUAUACCGAAUCAACAAUUUCAAAGUUUACAUCAAGCAGAUUCAAAUCCGAAUUUAUUUGAAGAGUCUAGUUCUCAAUAUAACGAUAGUCUCGUCUCACCAGUCAUUGCAUCAUAUCAAAAUCAACAUCAAAUACCACCUGCACCUCCACUACAACAACAACAAGCACCACAAACACAACAAUUCCAACAACCACAGUUACAAGUACAACAACUUCCUUUGAAUUUCAAUUCAACAAAUUAUGACAAUACCAACUCAUAUCCACAAAUGAACAAUAGCAUACUAGAUACAAACGAUUCAACACCAUCAAACUAUGAGCAAAACCCCAUGACAAUGUCACAAACCUUAUACUUUGAUAACCCAAAUCCCCAAUUUCUCAAUGAUAGUCAAAUAUUUGAUGAACCUAAACAAGAACCAAGUACAAUUGAUCCAUUAAAUUCAUUAGAAGAUCUUGUUGAAAAUCAAUUACUGUAUAAUUAUAAUACCAAUAACUCACAAAAAAGGAAACAAUCAAUACUGAAAAAAACUAAAAAAUCAAUGUCACCAAAAAAUUCUUUCAAAUCUUCUUCUAAUCAUUUAUCUAAAAGAAAUUCAAAUUCAAUAAAACAAUCACCAAAAGAACAUGCAUUAGAUUCCAAACAUUCCAAUCAACAAAUUAAAACUUCAAGAUCUUCUUCCGUAUCAUCCAAAAAACAUAUCAAAUCUUCUUCAGAUGGUAAAAAUAGAUAUAGAGUAGUAAGAGGUGUAUCAGCUGGAGGUUCAUCUACUAGACCACCAAAAGAAGCUAUGGAGAAUAAUGAAUCAAUUUAUCUUCCAGUUGAAUUAAAUUUAAUUGGUGCUUCAAAAGAAGAUAUAUGUUAUCCAAAAUGGUCAAAACUGGAAAAAGAAGAUCGUAGAAGAAUAGUUAGAAUUGAGAGAUUACAACAAGGUUCUAAAUUAAUAGUUAAUUUUUCUAUCAUUGGUAAUGCUAAUGAAAAUCCAAUAACUUUACCUAGUCCUCCAAAUAUUGAUGUUAUUGAAGUAAGUUGUUUGGAAUGUGAAGUUGAUAAUUCGAGAUAUUAUAAUAGAGGAAAUAACACCACCAACAUGGAUGAUUAUGAUUAUGAUUCAUUAUCAUCAGAUGAUGAAAAUUUAACAAAUACACCACCUGUAACAUCAUCAUCAUCAAAUUCUCAAGAAUUUAAAAAUGAAUAUGAGAAUUUAAAUAUAAAUAAUCCAAAUAAUAAUUCUGAACAUUGUUAUCAAUAUUAUAUUACAUCAGUUGAAGUAGUUGAAAUAGUUGAAUUAUUAAUUGGUACUGAAUUUAAAGAAGCAAGUGAAAAAAGAAGAGAAAGAGGUAGAAUUAGAUCUAAUUUAGUACCAUUUUGGUGUAAAAAAUCAAUUAGUUCAAGAAUGAAUGAAAUUUCAAAUCCAUCAACUUUUAUUGAUCAUAGUCAUCAAACUUUAAAUACAUCUUCUUCAAAUACUCCAACGUCAACAUUAGCUCCUCCAAAUUCAAAUUCAAAUUCAAAAUCUAUAUCAUCAUCAUCAUCAUUAUCUACAAAUUCAAUAUUAUCUGCACCAACAAGCAAUCAAUCAUCAAUUUCAUCAGCUUCAUCAUCAAUCCCAACAAAUUUAACAGAUUUUUCACAAAAGCAACAACAACAAAAAUUCCAACAACAUCCGCCACAACCACAACCAAUUCAAACCAUUUCUAAAAAUCAAGAAUAUAGGAUGGAAUUAGCAAAAAGAAUGAUGGCUUAUGAAAUAAGAAAACCAAGAGGAUUUGAUAAAGAAGUUAGAAUAUUAAAAUGGGAAAAAUUAAUACCUGCUUUAAAAAGAGCUUUACAUUCUUAUUAUACUGAAAUUCCUCAAUCUGAUGCUCAUUUAUACUAG